CAUAUACUCUGUACAGAUAAAUACAACAGAUCGGUUAAAGAUUCGAACAAACAUCUGCUUCAACAAGGAAAAAUAACCUCACUUUCUCCAAAACGAGCAUUAUUUAUAAUAACAACGAUAUUCCAAAAAGAAAAAAAAAGAAAAAACAGAGAGAGAGGAAAAUACUUUAUUAAUAUUAUACGACGAUAAUCAUGACUACAUUAUCUUUUCAUAAAAAGGGUUUUCUUGUUUUAUCAAAGAUAUAUAUACACGUAUCCGUGUUUAUAGGCCAGUCAUCAUCCUUUCUUAUCUAUUAUAUUAGCUUUGAAAUAAACUCUAUAUCUGAACUUCGUAUCGAACCGACCGUACAGAGAUAUAAUAGAAACCACAAAACCAAGUGUGAAUUUUGAAUCGAAAACGAUCGAUGAAAUUCGAAUAUUCGAAUAGGGAGAUCCUUCGGUAGGAUGGAUAUCCGCCGAGCCACUGUUUGCGGCAAGUGUGUCAAAUGUCCAUUCAUACGUAAAACCUAUACUCGAGUAGUGCAUAUCUGUAAUAGUCUCAAUAGUGCACAUAUCUUCUCUGUCAUAGUUAAUAUACACGCUAUACACGAUAUAUAUAUAACUCGUGUUGUCGUAUAUCUUUUAGCCCAUUUCACGACACGUUCCACACUACGAAGAAAGUAUAUAUUCAUCACGUGGUAUACCUUGUAUUUGCAAUCCCACCCUUUUAAUUUUUCCUUUAUUUUCUCGUCACACCUAUCCCAGUUUCAACGAUCUUACUUAGUCCGCUUCAUUCGUGACAUAUAUUUCACGCAUGUUCUACGAAAAACGAGUCGUGCCGUUUUCGCUUUUCCACGAUUUAUUUCCUUUUUUUACGAUUGCGCCUUUUUUUGGAUAUUUUAUAUUUCUUGUUUCGUCGCGACAAAGUGUUUGAACUUGAUACGAUGUCGAUGAUGAUGAUGGUGGUUCGCUUUACGUUUGUGAUAUUAUUCUUGUCGUUGGAUCAGCAUUGAAACGUUAACGAAAUGGUGUAAAAAUGUCGAUUUACGAUAAUACAGGGAAAAACUUGAACGGAAUGCGGCCAUUGAAUGCGCCAGCUGUCAAGUAUCAAAACACGUUAUUGUUCAAUAUUAAGUCGCCCAAGAGCAGCUCAAAGUUUGGAAAAUUCGACAAUUUGAAAACGGAAAUAGAAACUAUCGGAAUGUCGGAACCAGUAGCAUUUUCAGCCAAUUCGUUUAAUCCAAAGACUGACAGUUUACACGCAUCCAUGAGACCAAUCAUCAUGUUGGCCCAAUUCUUUUCUUUAUUCCCUGUGUCGGGGGUUAACAGUCCCGACUCGUCGUAUCUUAGAUUCACUUGGCGCAGCCCGAAAUUUAUAUAUUGCACGAUAUCAUUUCUCAGUUCAUCGAUAAUGACCAUUUUUAACGUUUUAAGAAUUGUCACAACUGGGAUAAGUUCGAUAAAAAUGACCACAUUCGUUUUCAACGGAACGAAUUUGAUCGCAUCAUUCUUGUUUUUAAAAUUGGCUAUGCGAUGGCCCUGCUUGAUGGUAACUUGGGAGAAGCUUGAGAAAGAGCUUUCACAGAGGCAUAGAAAAAUUUCCAAAAUCAGUCUUUCCAUGAAAUUCAAAAUCGUGACAAUAGUGGUGAUGACAUUUGCAUUAGUUGAGCACAGUUUAUCGAUAAUCCACGGUUACUUCAAGGCGAAAGAAUGCAUCGAAUUUCAUCGAGAGCAGAGUAUUCUUGGCGUGUAUUUCCAGAUGCAAUUUCCACAGAUAUUUUCUAGAACCUCGUACAGUUUAUGGAAGGGAAUAUUGGUAGAUAUCAUUAAUAUCCUCAGUACAUUUUCGUGGAAUUUUGUGGAUUUGUUUCUCAUUCUUAUCAGCAUCGCUCUAACGGAUCAAUUUAGACAAUUAAACAGCCGCUUGUAUUCUAUAAGAGGAAAGUAUCAUUUCAUUGUUAAGGCAAUGCCGGAAUGGUGGUGGGCCGAGGCAAGAAGUGACUACAACCAUUUGGCAACCUUAACGAGACAACUGGACUCCCAUAUUUCCAUUAUGGUUCUCCUAUCUUUCGCCACGGACUUGUAUUUCAUCUGCAUACAACUACUUUUCUCUUUCAACCCGAUGCGAGGUAUUAUCGAGAAAAUCUAUUUCGGAUUCUCCUUUGGAUUCCUUUUGGCUAGAACGACGGUAGUCUCGCUGUGUGCUGCGACGAUUCACGAUGAAUCUUUACUUCCAGCACCGAUUCUCUACAGUGUUUCCAGUAGCAGUUUUUCCACAGAAGUAAUGAGAUUUCUAUCGCAAGUAACGACGGAUAACAUCUGCUUGACCGGUAUGAAAUUUUUCUCGGUAACCAGAAGCCUCGUAUUGACUGUAGCAGGAACCAUAGUUACAUACGAAUUAGUUUUAGUCCAGUUUAAUACUACUCAGCAAACUGAUGCGUCGAACGCUACAAUUGUAUGCGAGUUGGUCUCGUUGGAUUCUCUAUCCUCUUAACAUCCUUAUGAGGAAAAAAAUAAUAUCUUUCUUUCUCCACUUAUUUAUAUAAUAACAAAUUUUAUAUACCUUUAAU